AUGAAAAUGGCUUAUCAACUGGUGUCUGAAUUCGAGUCAAUACUCACUGAGUUUGAAGACAAUUUGGGAGAUCCCGAAGGCUACUUGAAAUGUGCAUCUUCUAGUAUUGGUCUAACGUUGAUUAAACGUCUGUAUGAGAGUUGUUGUGGCAUAACGAGAAGCAAUGGAGAGACAUUUGGUCCUCUUGAUACUCUAGCAAUAGAUGGACUAGAUGAGGAGAGUGUCUGGCAACAAUUAGUACUACACAAUACACCUCUAGUAGGACAUUUGGACAAAUGUUGUAGGAAACUGACAGAACAGAAACAGGCCAUGCAGCUUCAACGUCAACAACAUACAAAUGAUUGUGAUGAUGGAACGGAUGACGUCACCAAUGACGAAAUUUAUGAAACUGCUGAAGUAUCUGCUGGAAACAAUAGUAUUGAAACAGAUUCCAAUGACAGCAACGAUUGUCUCUCUGAUGUUGACGAAGCAGAGACUGUCAGUUCUGCAAAGAGACAAAAAACGAAGGCAUCAUCACAAGUUGAUGACCGAUUCUUCAGACUCUCUGAUAUGGAGGAAUUCUUGCGUCUAGAAGACAAACGUGAAGAGGAGUCACGUGACAGAACUAAAGGAGAGAACGAAGACGACGAGAUCGACUUAUUUGCUGACAUAGACAGUCCGACUGAAUCAGGAGAAAACGAUUCUGACGUUGAAUGGGAUGCUGUCGUAGAGGCUAGCUCAAAUGUUAUUGGCAAGGCGGCUACAUCCAAGACUAAACCUCAUAAGGCAACAAGACAUCUCAAAUACAAUGACUUUUUCGACCCACCAGUCAAUGAUGUCAUGCCUGAUGACAUCACACACGAUAACGAUGAGUCAGAAGAAGAUAGUGAUCAUAGAGGCGACGAGAAUGAGGGCACAACAGAGAGUGAUGAUGAGGUGCAUACAGUUGGUAGGACUGAGGACAGCGACGGGUCCGAAAAUGAGUCUGCAGCCAUCUUAUCUACACACGAGCAACGGCAGUUGAAACUUAGACAACAAAUUACACAACUUGAGGAGAAAAACGUGGCUCAGAAACCAUGGCAGCUAAAGGGAGAGAUCACGGCAAGUGACCGAAAUGAGAACAGUCUGUUGGAAGAAGACUUGCUAUUUGAUCAGACAACAAGACCACCACCCGCUUUCACAGAAGAGACCACAGCAACAUUAGAGGACAUCAUCAGACGACGAGUAUCAGACCAGGCAUGGGAUGACGUCGAGCGUAAGGAGAAGCCCAUAGAGCAACCAUACGAAUAUCGUAAACGACCCACAUUGGAUCAAGACAAGAGCAAGUUAAGCUUAAGCGAAGUCUACGAGAAGGAGUUUGUGAAACAAUCGGAGGGAAAGAGAGAUGAAGAGGAACGUGCUGAGUAUGUUGAGAUACGGAAACUGGCAACGAAGCUGUUUACGAGGCUCGAUGCUCUCUCAAAUUUUUGCUUUACACCUAAACCUCCAAAAGACGACAUCAAAAUCAUAACCAACGCUCCCGCCAUUACAAUCGAAGAAGUCAUCCCCGCAGCGGUCACCGACGCCAGCCUCCUGGCACCCGAAGAAAUCCACAGCAAACCAAAGGCUAACCCAAUAGGCAAGAAAGAAAGGACAGACACAGAACGAAAGCGUGAAAGACGUUUGAAAAAGCAGCGACAUCGAUCAAAAGCACACGAACGCGAACGCCACCAGAAGCUCGUCGCCAAACUAAAACCUGGAUUGGGCAACAAGUAUAGUCAACAGAAAGCCAUUCGGGAGCUUGAGAGAGCAAGCAAGAAGACAGACAAGAUAACAUUGAUUGAUGGUCGCGAUCGGAAAGAGAAGAGUGGCCUACGGUCGUCGUCUGCGUUCUUUGAACGUUUGCAGGAACAAGUGAGUGUUGAGGCAAGAGACAUGGUGGGUGAGAGAAAAGGGAGGAGAAAAGCUGGGGAGGAGAGAGUGACGAGUACGAAGCUCAAGCUUUGAGCGUGGAGUGUUUGUGAGCGCAUGAUGGGUUGAUGUGUUAAUAAAGUGAGAAGAAUGAGUCGGU